AUGGCACGGGGCACAACAAAGAAAAUCGUGGUGGCCAUAAAUAAACCAGGACGGAAGGCAGCUACUGCCUUGACCUCAGCUCUUCAGGAACAGCGCGAAGAAGCACGACAAACACUGCUGAAGGCGAAAGGGACUCGAUCGCAUCGUGCGUUCGACAUCAUCCCUAACAGAUACUCGGCAUCGGCACUCGAGCUGUUCCUUGUCCAGAAGGGAUUGACGGAGGGAUGGAGUUUGAGCACAACAUGGGGCAUCUUCUCCGUGUUCAAGGAUAUGUGGAAGAACGCCAAGGGUGAGACUUACCGUGGUCCCUAUCACUGCAACGAGGGCACUGGGGUGGUCACAGGAAACCCAGCCUUGUCUGCGGCUGCACAGGAUAUGAUGGAAGUCCUCAAGAACAACGAGGGUGCUGAAGGUGGAAGCAGAAAUCACGCGUCGGCCAUGACCAUUGAGGACAUGCAGAAACUCAUGGCCUGGUCCUAUAGCCAGUGUCCAGAUAGAAUUGUCAGCCACGUUCGCCAGCAUCAGGAAAACGCCAAGAUUUUCAUUGCUCAAAACAAGGAGAUUAAGUAG